UGUGGGUUUACUUUAUUUAUGGAGAAUAGCCACUGCCCACAAGCAUAGAUUCUCUUCUUUGUGCUGUAGUAAAUCUAGAGCCCUCCAUUUCCAAGCUGGGGAUUUCGCUCUCUCAUGGGAAUGGAAUGGUUGGAUGAAUGUGCUCUGUAUUUCCCCUUCCUGCUUUGAUUCCCUUUUCCCCUCUGCUGAUGAAAAGAUUGCCUGCUUUUGUCCUUGUCUUUACCUCUCCUUUUCAUAGAUGAUGCUCUUUCUAUCUUUUUGAGUUUCUAGGCGGUUUUAGGCACAAUGCGUAGCUGUUUCUCACAUACUGUGUUGCAUAUUCACAUGUUUUAUUCCGUCUUCAACCUGCUCUUAGAGUUUUGGGUAUAAAUACCUCGAUAUCAUUUUGUGUUUCUCCUCAUAGCACCACCGACCGUCCUGAGUUUAUCACUAAUUCUUACAGUAGCAAGUGGCCUUGAAUAUUGGAGGGUGCAUUAAUUCCAUUUCUGGCAGCCAGAUAUGAGUUACACAAAUUCUUCAGUGGGUUCUGGAAGUAGAGGAGCAAGGAGAACAUUUGACUUUGGGAGGACAUAUGUGGUUAGGCCUAAAGGCAAGCACCAGGCUACAAUUGUUUGGCUGCAUGGCCUUGGUGAUAAUGGCUCGAGUUGGUCGCAGCUCCUGGAAAGCCUUCCACUGCCAAAUAUUAAGUGGAUAUGUCCAACUGCUCCCACUCGUCCUGUGGCUAUACUUGGCGGAUUUCCUUGUACUGCUUGGUUUGAUGUUGGAGAGCUUUCAGAAGAUGGUCCUGAUGAUUUCGAAGGCUUGGAUGCUUCAGCAGCACAUAUUGCAAAUCUUCUAUCUACAGAGCCUGCUGAUGUUAAACUUGGAAUUGGAGGCUUCAGCAUGGGCGCUGCCACUGCUCUGUAUUCAGCAACUUGCUUUGCCCAUGGAAAAUAUGGAAAUGGAAACCCUUACCCUGUCUACUUGAGAGCUAUUGUUGGUCUAAGUGGAUGGCUUCCUGGUUCUAGGAACGUGAGGAACAAGAUUGAAGGAUCACACGAGGCUGCAAGACGUGCUGCAUCCUUGCCCAUCAUGCUAUGUCAUGGAAUGUGUGAUGAAGUCGUCCCUUAUAAACAUGGAGAAAAGUCGUCCCAAAUCCUGAGCUCAGCUGGAUUUCGAUGCCUUACAUUCAAAAGCUAUGACGGGCUUGGCCACUACACUGUGCCAAAGGAAAUGGACGAGGUUUGCCACUGGUUAAACGCAAGACUGGGGUUAGAGGGUUCACGAUAAUAACUGCUCGCCAGCCAUCUUAUUUCUUGAUCACCGUUGCCAAGGGAAAUGGGGCGAAUCAAUAACAAAGGAAGAGCUUACACUUGCAGAUGCGGGAAGUAGCAGGUAGACAUAUAAGGGCGUGUUGCAGAGUGGAAGGUUUAAAUCCUAGGAAUUAAUCAUGCUUUUGGGUUUUUUUUUUCUUGUGAAAUAAAGUUUUGGGGACUUUGUUUCGUUUCAUUUCACUGCUAGCUAAGUUUUAAGUAUGCUCUCAUUACAGUAUGUUGUAAUCUACCUGAAAGACUAUGAGCCUUUUUAAGCAGAUCUUGAACCUACAUCCUUUCUAACAGAAGUGUUGACUAGAUUGAAGUGAAGAUAGUAGUUUCUCUUUUCUUCUUGUAAG